AGUCGUGUGGUGUGAACUUAGCCUUAGGUGUUUAUUCCUUACUAAACUACUGGAAUAGGUAUAUAUUCCCCGCGUGUUUGUCUCUAUUGGCUUUCCAUAUCAGAGCGCUCCUAAAGCCGCUCAUCCUUCUGUAGAGUCACAUUUGAGGAGCAGCAGCAGGACAGAAACAUCAUCAUUUCUAACACAGCGCCGGGGUUAAUAUCAGUAAACCGUUUAUGGUGGGUCUUUUUCCUCUCACUGAGGGAAACAUGGCAGCGCGGGAAAAUGACACGGAUAUCAUUUCUCUGUCUGAGACUCGAACGGAAAACGGCUGCUUUCGUCGUGGGAAAGAGAUUUUCUUGCUGGAUUAACAAAGUGAAGGACAAUUUUAUUAAUUAAUACGCAUUUUCAUGUAAUUGUUACCGAGAUUCAGCACCGAAAACAGCAGGUUUGAUUACUCUCUUUGAAUGCUAAUCUAUUCAAAUUACUUAAGUCAAUUGUUACACUAAUGUUAGCUGGCUUUGAAAGAACUGUGAAAAGAAAAAAGCAUCUUCAUUCCACAGCUUGGAGACAUUUUGAAGAUAUUUCUGACCUUCUGAGGUCCUGAGGAAAGAAAGUUGAGUAGCAGAAAUUGAGAAAAUCCCCCAAAUCUCCCAAAACAAAUGUGAAACGGAUCUCAAACAGGGUCACACCAUUCAGAAAUCUAGCUUCCAAAUAGUGUGGACAAGGUAAUCCCUACUAAUGACAGAGAAGCUGCAUCACAUCACAUCACAUCACAUCACUGACUGUAACUAGCAGCACUAUGGCGAAUUGAUCUAUUAUCAAACCAGCGGCACAUUCAGACGUGACAUUUGUGUAUGUUUGAGUUUUGCAUGUCGAGAGAUGCUGCUGUGUGACCGAGGCGUGCAGAUGCUCAUCACUACAGUGGGCGCUUUUGCCGCCUUCAGCCUCAUGACCAUUGCGGUGGGUACAGACUACUGGCUUUACUCCAGAGGAGUGUGUAAAACCAAAGUCAACCAUGAAAACGAAACGAGCAGGAAAAACGAAGAAGUGAUGACCCACUCCGGAUUGUGGAGAACCUGCUGCCUGGAAGGGACAUUCCGUGGGGUGUGUAAGAAGAUUGAUCACUUUCCUGAGGAUGCUGAUUAUAAACAGGACACAGCUGAGUAUUUACUGCGUGCACUCAGAGCCUCCAGUGUGUUUCCAAUCAUGAGUGUGGGUUUGUUGUUUAUGGGCGGAUUGUGUGUAGCAGCGAGCGAGUUUUACAGGAGCAAACACAAUGUCAUCCUCAGUGCCGGAAUCUUCUUUGUCUCUGCUGGUCUUAGUAACAUUAUCGGGAUAAUUGUCUACAUCUCGGCUAACUCAGGUGAUCCAGGUCAGAGUGACUCAAAGAAGAGUUACUCGUACGGUUGGUCCUUUUAUUUUGGUGCUCUUUCCUUCAUCAUGGCUGAGACAGUGGGGGUGCUUGCUGUGCACAUGUUUAUUGAAAAACAUCGCAAGCAGCAGCGUGCCAAGACACUCGUCAAAAAGUCCAGUCUCGGCUUUGGUCGCAUCCCCACUUACCGUUAUCGUUUCGGGCGCCGCUCCAGUGAAACACCAUCACGCGAUGUCCCCAUGUUCACGCUCUCACGCGACUCUGACAAAACUGCCGCGGGGAAGCUGCUUGACUCUGACAGAGACUUCCUGCACAACUCUAAUGCUAAGGAUGCAGCCAAUCGGAGAACAACACCAGUGUGACAUGGAUGACUGGUGAAAAACAAAAGAUCCAGAAGUGGUGUCAAGACACUCAUAACUUCACAGAAGGACAGAAAUCAAUCAACAGGAACAAAGCACACAGGAAGUGACAUCAAAAUAACUUUAAAUGCCUUCUCUCCUUAUAUAAACCUUCUUCCUAUAAUAAUAUAAAAUCCUAGCUAGUGAUUGUUAGGUCUUUUAAUUUUAUUGACUGGUUUAUGGGGGAAACAAGCACAUAGGACGUGGCAAUUUUGCCACAGUUAGAAUUUUGUUCACAGAGGCCUAACAGGAAAUUCUUUUAUUUGAACUGAACACAAUGGAUAAUAAUAUAUGAUCAGUUUAUGUUACAAUCAAAGCUAGAUAGUGAUUUUUUUGGUGCUUCUUUUUAUUCCUUCUUAGCUUUCAGUUAAACUCAUCAAUUCAUACUUGGUGACACUGUUCUCCAGCGUUUUAAGGGUAAAUCCCAGCAGCCAAACAUACGCAAAAUGAGAAAGACAGGCUGGGUGCCCACAGAGACCUCUUUCUCACUCUCUCGCUCCAUAUAUAUCACACAGGAAGUGAAUCCACCAGGAUGUUACAAGCAGGAAACUAACAUGAAAGUUGAGCUCGAUCAUUGAUGCUUCCUUGUUUUUAAUUUUGUAAGGUACAAACAAUUUAAAUGUAGCCUCAGAGGUCUUUAAGGUCCACUGUUCUUUUACUGUUGUGUUCUCCUAACUGAUCGUAUAAAGCAUGUGACCUUAAGGGUCCCACCCCAUUCCCCAUUCCACUGACAAAUAUUCCUACCUUAAAAUUCAGAUUUUUGUAUCUUAUUAUAUCUUAUUUGUAUUUUAUUCUCUCUCUCUCUCUCUCUCUCUCUCUCUCUCUCUCUCUCUCUCUCUCUCUCUCUCUCUCUCUCUCUCUCUCUCUCUCUCUCUCUCUCUCAUCUAAUACGAACAGGGUUUUUUUCUUAAAGAAGGUUGUUAUUAAAUGUCAUGUACAGUCCAUUUCAUUCCCUGGUGUUAUGUUUCUCCAUUACGUUUAGUACUAUUCAAAAUUAUAACAAUUGUAUAUGUAUUUAUUUAUCAUGUAUUGGAAAACCGAUUAGUCAGCGUCUGCUGAGCAUAGACUUAUUUAAUUUGUAGAGUUUAAAUGAAGUAGAAUAUAUUAGACAUGUUCUCUUUGUAUCCAUAAACUAAAGAAGCUCAGAAGUUUAAAAAUAAAUCUCCAAAUAAGAAAAGAUGUUCACACACUUUAUACAAAAUAAACUUACGAUUCAGCAGAAUAAAAUACAUAAUUAGCACUUUUUAAAGUCUACUCUAGAGUCGUGCAGUAUUAUAUACAUACAACUAUAUAAAUGUGAUGUAAAUACAUAAAUACAAUUAUAAUAGUAUUUUAGUGGUUAUAUUAACAUCACACCACCAAGGGCUUUUAAUUUUUCUUUUUUUAAAAAAAUAUAUAUUUAAGCUUACAAGGGCUUUGAAGAAGUUUCAAUUCAACAUAUAGAAAUGCCUGAAAUUAAAUGAAUCACAUUUAAAUAUGGCACAUUUACAUAUUCAUGUAUUAACAUGGCCAGAUGAAAUACUGGUAUAAACAUAGUAAUGCAAUUUACUGCCUUCUACUUUUAUCUUUCUGAAAAAAAGGUAAAUAAACUACAAAGCCAUGCAGAUAUACAGUAUAUUUAAUCAUGUAAAAAUACAUAAUUUAUCAAUUUUAUGUCUUGUUGUGCCCAAAUAUUCAUCUGUCAUUUGUCCAAAGGGUCAUAGGUCCCACACGCCCAAAAGUCAUAAAAGUCAUGUUGAUCACCAUUUUGAAGGAUUCUAAUUAGUGUUAUACUCCACCAUUAGCCAUUCUAAGCUAUGUUUCAAACACACAAGCCUGUGUGUGAGGGAAUGAUUUUAAUUACCCAUAAUGCACUGCUAGCAUACAUCUGAUUUUACACUAACCCUACAUUCAAACUACCAAGUUUGUGUUGCUUAUAGUUUGUCUCUUGUUGGCAUGUAGUGACUGUUGUCGCUUGUGGGCGUGUACUGUACAGUGACAGUAGCUAUAUAUCGCAUCUAAAGAUAUCUACUUAAAUAUGUUAAAUAAUGAACUAAUCAGUGUGAAAAUUGAUUGAUUACAUGUUAUGUGCUAGGCUUCAUACUUUGUGGGCAGAUUAGUGAAACAAGAAAACUGUACUAGCUACUCAUUGUCUCUGCUACUUCCUUCCGAGCUUUAUUUUUUUCCUAAUGUCUCUAUACACAUUUAAUGAGAGCUUGUUCAGUGAAGGAAAUAAGUAUUGAACGCGUCAGCAUUUUUUUCAGUAAAUAUAUUUCCAAUGAGGCUAUUCACAUGAAAUUUUCAUCAGACAUCAGUAUUAACUCAAGAAAUCCGGAAAUAUUAAGAAUUCACAACAAUAAAGUCCAUAAAUAAAGUUAUGUGUAAUAAAGUGGAAUGACACAGGAAAAACAAGUUGCUAAGAAAAAGCAGUUGACAAGGCAAGGCACCAGCUGAAAUCCGUACGUUAUUAUAUCCUCUGUCUGUGCAAAUUAAUAUCAGUUGGGUUAGUAAAUUAAUGGUCUAUAAAAAGGCUUUUUGUUACCAAGGUGUCACACAAGAAACAUCUCAUGAUGGAUAAAAGCAAAGAGCUCUCCCAAGAAUCUUAUUGCUGCAAAACAAAUUGAUGGAAUUGGAUACAGACGUAUUUCAAAACUUCUGAAAGUAAGCACCAUUGGGGCCAUUAUCUGGAAGUGGAAGCAGCAUCACUCCGUUAUCAACCGGCCACGCACAGGAGCUCCUUGCAAGAUUUCUGACCAGGGAGUCAGAAGAACAGUCAGAAGAGUAGCCCAAGAGCCAAGGACCACUCAGAAAGAGCUCCAGAAACACUUGGAGACAGCAGGUGUCAUUCGUUACAGAGAAAAUAAUGCACUCCACUGCCAUGGCCUCUAUGCACGCUUACCCCACAAGACUCCAUUACUAAAGAAAAGGCAUGUCGAAGCUCAUUUAAAGUUUUCUACAACUCAUUUGGACAAGCCUAUGAAAUACUGGGAGAGUAUAGUCUGGUCAGACGAGAGCAAAAUUGAACUUUCUGGCUGUCAUACUACACACCAUGUUUGGAGAAGAAAUGGCACUGCACAUCACCCUAAAAACACUACACCAACAGUGAAGCUUAGAGGUGGAAGCAUCAUGGUGUGGGGCUGUUUUUCAUCACAUGGUACUGGUAGACUUCAUAUAAUUGAAGGAACAAUGAAUGGAGCCCUUUACCGGGAGAUUCUUGAGAAGAAUCUGCUGCCAUCCACCAGGAUGAUGAAGAUGAGGCGUGGGUGGACCUUCCAGUAGGACAACGAUCCAAAGCAUACAGCAAAGGAAACUCUCAAUUGGUUUCAGAGAAAAAAAUCAAGGUGUUAGAAUAGCCCAGUCAAUCACCUAAGUUGAAUCCAAUUGAACAAGAUUUAAAGACAAUAUGUUUAGAAGAAUGGGCCAAAAUCACAUAUGAACACUGUGGCUGAUUAAUUUCUUCAUACAGGAAGCGUCUUAAAGCAGUCAUUAGAAAUAAAGGCUCCACUAAGUAUUAAAUAAAUUUCAGUUAGCGUGUUCAAUACUUUUUUUCCUGUGUUGUUCCUCUUUAUUACACAUAAAUUCAUUUAUGGACUUUAUGUUUGGAUUUCUUUAAUAAUUAAAUUUACUCAGUUAAUACUGUAAAUAGUCUCAUUGGAAAUACAUUUACUGAAAAAAAUGUAUGCCAAUACUUAUUUCCCCCACUGAAUAUGACAGGAUGAAAUCAUGGUUAUAUGUUCUUCUUCUAUUUUUAUAUGUCAACCAGUAAUUUGCAGGUAGGAACUAAAGUUAUGAGUGAGGGAUUGAAUAAAUUUUGGACCACACAAGCCAUAGGGUGCGGAAUCAUUCAAGGUAAUCAUUUGGAUUUUUUCUCUUCGCAGCAUCUAACCUAAUUUGCAUAGAAUUCAGAAAGUUGCACUAUCACUUGUCACUGAAAUCACAGGUGCAUGUUGUGCACGUAUAUAGAAAUAAAUGGGCACAUGUUGCUUUGUCACUUCCUAGUGUGAACGCAGGGUAAUAAAUAUUAUUACCCUGAGUUGUUUUAGAAAUUUUCAACGUUCAGUUGAGUGUGAAAUGAAAAGAUUGCUAAGAUAUCUGUAAGGUAGAGCUAAAGGCCAUAUAUUGUAUGUUUAGUGAACCUAUAGGUACACUGAGAGUGCUAUCUCAUGUUAAUCUUUAAUUACCCUAUUAGCUAGCUAUUACAGUAUAGGAACAUUAAAGCAUUCUCUUUUCUAGCAACUCUUUUUGUGUAGUAGUGUUUGUGUACACCAUCUAAACCCAUACAUUCUUUUUAUUUAUUUUUUCCACAAAAUCCUUUAGGUACUGGGGUUCUGUUAAGUAAUCUGAUACUCCAAAAAUGACUGCGGGUAUACAACCCUGUUCUAAAGCUUGCCAUGACUAUUUGGGUUAUUGUUGUGCACUGUUAUACACUGAUGAUAUGAUUUCGUUUAUGUUCUUAUAGUUGUGCUGUUCAAUAUGUAACCUAAUGAGUGUGUAAUGAGUGUGUUAAAACCUUCCUGUAGUGUGCACUUCGUAGCAAAAAAAAAUAUUUAACUUGACACUUUUAAAUUGUUAUUUUGAACUGAACAAAACAGGUUAACACAUCUCUUCAUCAUGUCUAAACCUGUAAUUGGACUGUUAUUACUCCUGUAAGCCCCACCUCCACUCCCCUGGCUCUACCAAUCAGGAGUUUGUGCCAUGCAUGUGACCCUUUCAAUGACUUUUCGGUCUCCAUUUAAACAUGCUGUAGAAAAAGCACACCUUUUGAAUACUGUAGUUGAAAUAAAAUUAUAGCCAGAGAUAUUUAAAAAUAGAUAAUAAAGUACAUUUAAAAAAUUGCACUUUUAUUAUCUCUGCUUCUUUUAAAUGAAGAUCCGGAAGGUGUAUAC